UCCACCACAUCCCUGGGCAGUCUGUUCCAGGCUAAUGCAAUAAAUACUGCAACUUAGGAAUCAGGAAGAAGUCUGACUUCAGCCUGGAAACAUCCAUGAAAUCUACUCCAUGCUAACUUCCAGGAUUUAUUCCCAUGGAUUGCUAAAAAGCCAUCAAUUCUCUGAGAAGUUGUGUUUGUUACACCCUUCCCCCAUCUCUGAUGAGAAACAUGCAUUCACAUUCUUGAGGGUAAAAAUUACAUGUGGAGACAAACACAUUCUUGGUUGCCAUAAGAGAAGCACAAAGAAGUCCAUAAUGGUCAUAUUAGAAGUGCAGUGAGUAGGAGGAACAAAUACAAUAAGAGUUGUGUUAUGUUUCUUAGAAUUUUUAUGAGUCCCAAACCAAUAAAACAACAUCCAAUAUCCAACAAAUGAACUCUACUUCUGUACACUAGAAGACAAAUGCUGCACAAGAUAGAAGAAUGGGUUCACCCAUGUCAUGGUUUUACGAUUUCUGUUAUCAGUAUUCCACAUCAUGAUAUCAUGUAGUGCACUGGGAGUUAAAGAGUUAACACCCGAGUUCCAUGGAUUGUCACCUGUCUCAGGGUACUUUUCACAGAAAAGAACUACAUCUCCCAGAAGACUUCACUGGUCCAUUUCCAUUUUUUGUUCGGAGGGAAAGAUAAAACUGCUUGGGAGUCACAAGACUCCUCUUUUUCUGCAUGUUUCCUGCGGUGUGCACUCCUUAGCCAUCUUGCUUUCAGCAUUAGAGUAAGGCCUUUGGUUUUGGACACUCUCUGUCUCAUUUAUUUAUUAGUUUCAAUUCCAAUCAUAUUGUACUGUAUUGAGUUAUCUCACGUUCCACUAUCAUAUUUAGUAAAAUAGCUUUUCUCCCUUAGCUCAUUGCUGCUGUUUUGUUUUUAGGACCAUCUUGCUACCCUUCCACUUUCCCCCUUCUCCUUAAUUUUGGGAUGUGGGACCUUGGAUCUCACCGCACAAUUUAGUCAUGGAAUCAGGUUGAGCCAGGCCAGAACUGUGACAGCCCAACACAUCUCCUAGAGUAAUGAGUGCUGCAAUCUCAGCUAGGUAUUUGGGUUCAGUCCCUGUUUAGUGACUUUCUCUGUACAAGAAGCAAAAGUCAUAAGGAAAAUAUCAAUAAGGGAAUUACUAAUUUUCCCUGUGACAGGAAACCUGAAAUCUAGUGGCAGAGAUUCUAGGUAGCAGAGUAAGUUGCACUAAAAUAUACAAUUACCUGUUGCUAUUUUUCAUUCACACAUUCAUGAUGAUAUGCCAUAGUGCUGGUGCCUGACCACCUUCUGCAUAAAUAAUUAUUUCAUAAUAUCUAGCCCAAUUUCCCUCUCUUUCCAUUUAAAGUCAUUCCCCAUUGUGCUAUCACUAUCAAGCCAUGCAAAAAGUUGGUCCCCCUCCUGCUCAUAAGCUCCCUUCAAGCACCACAAGGCCACAGCAAUGUUUCCCUAGAGCUUUCUCUUCUCCAAGCUAAACCACAUUAAGCUGGGCAUCAUCUACCUGUGGAUCCCACUAACACCACAUGGAGGACCCAUUUAAAACACAGAGCAGAGCAGCAGGGAGCAAUCACUCCCUUCAUCCUACAGUGAAACACUAUUUCUUCCUCGUGAACCUUUAUCUAAAUGGACUUUCUAAAACCCGUUGCAACAGUCGAAAUUGGCCUCAAGGAAUGUAGUGGGUUGUUCUAAUAAAACUUCAUACUCCAUGUGACAGAUCCACACACAGAAUCACUGAGGUUGGAGAAGACCGCUAAGGCAAUCCAUUCCAAUCACCCACCCUAUACCUAUCAAACCACAUAGAAAGUCACCCACCACACUCACUAGAUACCAAAUAUACUGUUGACUUGCAAAUGUUUACUAGACUCUCUAGAAACUGAAACUGGACUCAGGCAAGAAAUGCUAAUGUGGCUCCAGGGCUGCAGCCUUGGCCAAGGGACAGCUCUGCUUCUGGCUCUGGCCGGGGGAGCAGUGCCAGCAGGUUGAGGGUGGCCAUCCUUCCUCACUGCUGCAUGGCAGCACUGAAAACUCAGUCUGCGAUGCCUGCCAGAACUGCCCUCUUGCCUGGGGGCCCAUGCCCACACCUCCUGUGAGGUGGUGACCGUGAUGUCACAGUGGGUGUCACAGAGCAGCCAUUGUGACGCGUGAAGCUUGGAGCAGAGCAAAGGCUGCCAGGCUCAGGCCAAGCACCAGUGCGGCCUGGUGAGGCGCGGAGAGAGCAGGAAUUCUCCUAGUGCUCGCUGUUGUUACGCACUAUGUCCAGUGGAAAGCGGAAGGCCCCUGACUCAGGGGAGCCAGCAUGUGUGCUGUGUGGCCGGGUGGAUGUUGACCCAAACAUCUGCGGGCGCACGUUUGCUGACAGUGGAAUUUGCGUCCAUGAGUUCUGCUUGACAUUUGCCACCAUCCGUUUUGAGGAAGGAUCCCCACGAGGGGAAACUGUGCGCCUCCCCCUUGCUUCCAUCAGACGCGCAUGCAAGCAUGCAAACCAGAAGCAAUGCUUUGUUUGUGGUGAGAGGGGGGCUGCCAUCAGCUGCGCAGAGAGCAGUUGUGAACGAAGCUUCCACCUGCCCUGCGCCAUGGAUGGGGAAUGUGUCACCCAGUUCUACGGGCCACGCAGGUCCUACUGCUGGGAGCACCGCCCUCAGCAGGCAGCAGAAGCAGCUCCAGAACAGGACACCAAUUGCCUCAUCUGCUUUGAGCCUGUGGGGGAUACCGUGUCCUACCAUACCAUGGUUUGUCCAGUGUGUAAACAUGCCUGGUUCCACCGGGGCUGUAUACAGGGACAGGCCAGGAGUGCUGGCACAAUGUGUUUCCGGUGUCCCAUCUGCAGAGACAAUAAAAAAUUCAGCUAUGAAAUGACCAUCCUGGGGAUCCAAAUCACAUCCCGACCACCAUCAUGGGAGGACAAUGAUGCGUAUGCAUCGCUACGAGAGAGGCACAGGCACUGCGAUGUCAGCAAGUGCCUUCACCCAGGAGGAAGGGAGCAGACAGAGGAAGAGGG